CAACCCCUCCCUUCAGCAGCGAGUGGGAAGGGCUAGAGCGUAAACAAGCCGCCAUCUCCUUCCAUCUUCCGAGGCGGUGGUUCUAAUCUUCUUUCCUCCCGGGACUCGGCGCAAGAUGGGGGCCGUCCUGGGCCUCUGCUCCAUGGCGAGCUGGAUUCCAUGUUUAUGUGGCAGUGCACCAUGUUUGCUGUGUCGAUGCUGCCCCAGUGGAAACAACUCCACUAUAACAAGAGUGAUAUAUGCACUCUUUUUGCUUCUUGGAGUGAGCGUGGCAUGUGUGAUGCUAAUGCCAGGAAUGGAAGAACAGCUGAAGAAGAUUCCUGGGUUUUGCGAUGGCCAUGUGAACUGUGAUGUUCUAGUGGGAUACAAAGCAGUGUAUCGGGUGUGCUUUGGUAUGGCCAUGUUCUUCCUCUUGUUUUCCUUAUUGAUGAUCAAGGUGAAGAGCAGCAGUGAUCCAAGGGCAUCAGUACACAAUGGGUUCUGGUUCUUUAAAUUUGCCAUAGCGGUUGCAAUUACAGUUGGUGCUUUUUUUAUUCCUGAGGGGCCCUUUACAACUGUAUGGUUUUAUGUAGGCAUGGCUGGUGCUUUCUGCUUCAUUCUUAUCCAGCUGGUUUUACUUAUUGACUUCGCCCAUUCUUGGAAUGAAUCCUGGGUUGAAAAAAUGGAGGAAGGAAACUCAAGAUGCUGGUAUGCAGCUUUGCUGUCUGCCACAGCUCUGAACUAUGUUUUAUCUCUGGUGGCAGUUGUCCUCUUUUAUGUUUAUUAUACUCACCCAGAAGGUUGUUCUAACAACAAAGCAUUCAUCAGUGUCAAUAUGCUGCUGUGUAUUGGAGCAUCUAUAAUGUCAAUUUUGCCUAAAAUCCAGGAAUCACAACCACGAUCUGGCUUGUUGCAGUCAUCUGUGAUUACAGUUUAUACAAUGUAUCUAACUUGGGCAGCAAUGACUAAUGAACCAGACCGACAGUGCAACCCAAGUUUGCUCAACAUAAUUGGCUAUAAUUCCACAAGCACUCCAAGUAAGGGCCAGUUUGUCCACUGGUGGGAUGCUCAAGGAAUUGUAGGACUAAUCCUGUUUUUACUCUGUGUUCUCUACUCAAGCAUUCGGUCAUCUAAUAACAGUCAAGUAAAUAAACUGACCCUGACCAGCGAUGAGUCAACACUGAUAGAGGAUGGACUUCCAAGGAGUGAAGGCUCCCUUGAUGAUGGGGAUGAUUACAAUCGUGCUGUUGAUAAUGAGCGGGACGGAGUUACUUACAGUUACUCCUUCUUUCACUUCAUGCUUUUCCUUGCUUCGCUUUACAUCAUGAUGACUCUGACCAACUGGUACAGCCCUGAUCCUGCUUCUGCAUCAAUGACUAGUACAUGGCCAUCUGUCUGGGUGAAGAUCUCUUCCAGUUGGAUUGGUAUUGUGCUCUACGUGUGGACUCUGGUGGCUCCACUUGUUCUUACAAACCGUGAAUUUGACUAAGCCAGGCAUCUCAUCUAUAAGCUUUGCCCACUUUUUGUUGCUUAUUGAAGCUAAAAGUAUUCUGUACUAGGAUGUAACUGUAAAUAUAUGUGUCUAGUAUCUGUGUAUUUUAUUCUGUUUUAGUUCUGCAUGAUUACUUUUAGAUCAUAUUAUAUUGUCAUUUCAAUUACUCUUUUUCUAGUUGAGCUUGAUAAUGAAUGCUAGAUGCAGGGCCAAAACAGAUAUGGUAGUAGUGGAUACAUGACUUGCAUGCAACAUAAUACUAAUAGAAAACAUACAUGAGGUGGUAGUUUCUACUGGUGAUUUUAUGUUGCACUAGAGAUUGUGCCAAUGAUAGUGAAUAACUUGGACAAGUGACAUCUAGUUUAAUCAAGUUGUAAAAGUUUACAAAAGCACUUCUGUGAUUGAUCAAUAUUGCAUUUGACACUUUUGCAAGGCUGAAAAUGGUGUUUCUACAAGUGAUAGAAGCUUUCUGUAGCAAAAAUUAUCCAGUGUAGCAGAUAUUAUCCAAUAUGCAUUAAGCACAGUUUGCUGAGUUUCUUAGAUAAUGUAUUUUAAAAAGCAAAAGAGGUAUGCGCAUGAGGAGUGCAAAACAUUUUUCAAUCAUUUAUCUCCUUAUUGUUCUCUCUCCAACUAUUAUUUCUUCCAGCUGGGCUUUAAUAGUGGAAGGGCCGUGGAAAGAGGAGAUAAAGAAAAUAAAACAGAGGGUAAAUGAGACUUUGUUUACCUUCUAUAGAACCUUUUUACACAUUUAAAACAAUGUCCCCUGCUGCUGCUUUCCACAUGAUGGAUGUAUUUCUGCAUAUUGACACACACAGAUGCUGGCAGUUCUUACCUGCUUUGGCCUCUGCUACUGUAUGCUACGACUGAGAAAAAAAUGAGAUGUUUUCUUUUAUUAAACAAUUCACAAAAAGUACUUCCCCACUACAGUUGAUGAUCUUUCAGAGAGAAGCAAUUGCAAAUUGGAUUGAUAUGUUUUCCUUUUAUAGGAGGUAACUACAGAGCUACCUGCCAUGCUGUUGGCAUGUGCACUGUGUAACUGCCUCUCUCUUAGCAACUGAACAGAGGAAGGCAUGAUCCACCCAUACAUUCUCUUCCUUCGGAUGGCUAAAAAUCAAGCUGCUAUUGCUAAAACCUAUUUGAUUUUACCAACCUGUUGGAUAUUGCCUCCACUUUCUCUGCAGAAAGUGUGGUGCCAGGAGCAAUAAAGUGGUUUUUUCCCCCUUAGCCAAGUCCAUGAUGAGUGCUGUCCUUUCUGGGG